AUGAGAAAAUAUUUGGUUUCAUUUUAGAAAUAUAUCGAAAGGAGAAAAUUUAAGACUGCAUUGGAUAUCUUUCAGAUAAUGAAAAUAAAAGACAUUUAGAAUAAUAAAUCUUAAGGCUUGGAAAUACUUUACAACAAGUUGAUAAUAAAUCAAAAUUGUAUGAUGUUAGAAAUAGCUUGUAAUAAACUACUGAUGUCUAAAAAAAAAAUAAAAGAUCAUGACUUCAAUAAAAAAGACUACUCUAGUGUACAAUAUUAAGAAUCUCUACAAGUUCUAAUAAAUAGCAUAAAGCAUGAUAGAUCGAUCGUAGAAUUUUUGUAAUUUUUGGUACACCUAACAUCCAUAGAUAACAGUUUAAUUCAAUGUGGGUCAAAUUCAUUAAGUGUAUUAGUUUAGAUAAAGGUUAAUCUUAGAAAUAAAUAUUUUGAAAAUAUUAAGAUCUAAAAUACUUCUUGAUGGGAGCUAAUCUUGUUCAAUGUAAUUUAUGCGGAUCUGAAUUUGAUGAUGUUAAUAUUGAUGGGAUUAAUUUGAAUGGAGCAUUGUUAUUAAAUUGUAAAUGGAGCAACUUAAGAAUUCAGGAAUUAAAUUAAUUUAUUGGUCAUACAAGGUCAGUCAACUCGGCCUGUUUUUCUCCUGAUGGAAAAAUAUUAGCUUCUAGUAGUCAUGAAAACUCUAUCCUUUAAUGGGAUAUAAUAUCAGGAUAAUAAAAAGCCAUAUUAAAUGGUCAUACUAAUUCUGCCAUGUCAGUCUGUUUCUAAUCUAAUGGCAAUAUAUUAACUUCUGGUAGUGAAGAUAAGUCUAUCCUUCUAUGGGAUAUUUAAACCAAAUAAUAAAUAGCCAAAUUAGAUGGUCAUACUCAUUUUUUUAUGUCAGUAUGUUUCUCUCCUGAUGGAAAUACAUCAGCAUCUGGUAGUCAUGAUAGAUCUAUCCGUUUAUGGGAUAUUACGACAGGAUUAUUAAAAGCCAAAUUAGAUGGUCAUUAAUAUGCUGUCAUGUCAGUCUGUUAUUCUCCUGAUGGUAAUAAUUCAGAUUCAGGUCUUUUUGAUGAGUUUAUCCGUUUUUAGGAUGUCAAGACAGAAAAUUUUAUAUCCUUUUUUUUGGUUGAUGUCCUUUUCAGUUCUGCUCAUUAUCAUUUUAUUAUGUUCUUGUAAGAUAACUUUUAAAUAUUACGAAAGUGUUUUCCAAAAUUUUGUUCACUUUUACUAUGA